UGAGAGAGACGCACUGAUCCUCUUCAUGCCGAGGCCUUUCUCCGCCACGCAGCUGGAGGGAUCCACAACCCUUCCUAUGGCUUCUCUUCGGCGGCCAGGCUGUCGCAUCCUCUCUCCCUUCGCAGAGCUGCAUGGCAACGGGAGGAGGAGGCUCCGUGGGAUGAGGGAGGGAACCACGAGCCCACGUGUCUUCCUCGCCGCAGACCCAGCGCGUUUCUCCUCGCGUUUCCCAUCCCUUCGUUUCCGCAUACCGCAGAUUCGCGUACACACACACACACACACACACACACACACACACACACACACACACACACACGACCGCAUCCAUACGCACCAGCGCAACGUUGCGGAGCCAUGUAUCCGCGGUGCGCACUCUCCCGUUCCACCCUCAUCCGUUUCUAGGCAUGUGUCGCCCGAGCUGCGAUUCCUUUCUCCUCAUCCUGAGAUGCAAAUGAAAUUUGUCCGUGGCAGCGUCGGCUGGAGCUGAGAGGCAGAGCCACAGACACCGACGGGGUGGGAGCGAUGGGAGGACGCGCAGCAUCAGAUGUUUAGCAGAUUUACUUUGGACCCUCGCCACCAUUUCUGCCGCGCGCUCGCUUUUUUUUUCCCCUUUCCACCGUCUCCGUCGCCCGGGUUCGUGACACCCUGCGGCUCCCUCCAUGGUGUGAUCCGGGAAUAUGUGAAGAUCAUGCUGGCGCUGUGGUGCUUCACGGUCUUUGCUGCAGUGGGCGAGAGGCUCGCAGUCUCAGGUGCGGACGGACGCCCGGCGCGGGAUGGAGACGCGUGGGACUGGUUGAACCCAGCGGGGCGGCCGGACAGCGGGACCGGCGCCGCCGCGGAGGUCACGCGGCCGCGGCGGCUGCUGCAGCAGAUCGAGUCGGAGGAGGAGACGGCCCACGACUACCUGGACACCAGGGUGAAGAACGGCACCGGCGAAGCCUCCCCCAUUCACUUGGCGCAGAGCAUCUUCCGAGUGGAGGCCUUCGGACAGACCUUCAUCCUGGACCUGGAGCUGAACCAUCACCUCCUGUCGUCAGAAUAUGUGGAGCGGCACUUUAACCAGGACAGCAGACCACGGCAGUCUGUGGGAGGAGAACACUGCUACUACCAGGGGCGGCUGAGAGGCCUGGAGGACUCCUGGGCAGCCGUCUCCACCUGCCACGGCCUGUGCGGCAUGUUCUCCGAUGGCGUCUUCUCCUAUGGGAUCGAGCCCAUUCACAACGGCAGCAGCCAGGGUGACGGCGCCCACUUAAUCCACAGGAUGCCUGAUGUCAGACUUCCCCAACACUGUCCAGACUGUACAGAGGACAGUGGGUGGGAGAGCAGAGGAGGUGCCGGCGGCGCCGGCGGUGACUGGACCCCGGGCCGACCGCGGGACCAGCAGGUUCUGCGCCGCUCCAAACGCUUCGUUCGCAAGCCCUCCGUGCAGACGGAGACCAAAUACAUUGAGCUGAUGGUGGUCAAUGACCACGACAUGUUUGUACAGCUGCGUCUCUCAAGCAGCCAAACCAAGAACUUUGCCAAAGCAGUGGUCAACAUGGCAGAUGCGAUCUACAAGGAACAGCUCAACACGAGAAUCGUGCUGGUUGCCAUGGAAACCUGGACCUCCAAAAACAUGAUGCCCGUGGUGGAGGACCCGUUGGUGACGCUGCAGAACUUCAUGAAGUACAGGAGGGACAAUAUCAAAGAGACGAGCGACGUCGUCCAGCUUUUCUCAGGCCGCACGUUUCACAGCAGCCGCAGUGGGACGGCCUACACAGGGGGGGUGUGCUCGCUGACGAGGGGAGGGGGCAUCAACGAGUUCGGCAACGUCGGCGCCAUGGCCGUCACUCUGUGUCAGAGCCUCGGCCAGAACAUUGGGAUGAGGUGGAACAACGCGCGCAACUCGGCCGGAGACUGCAGGUGCCCCGACGCCUGGCUGGGCUGCAUCAUGGAGGACACAGGAUACUAUCUGCCCAGAAAGUUUUCUCGCUGCAGUGUUGACGAGUACGUCCAGUUCUUGCUCCAGGGGGGCGGGAGCUGCCUCUUCAACAAGCCCAGCAAGCUGUUGGACCCCCCAGAGUGUGGGAAUGGCUUCGUGGAGCCAGGGGAGGAGUGUGACUGUGGCUCCCAGGUGGAGUGUGCACGCAGCGGAGGCGCCUGCUGUAAGAAGUGCACGCUGACCCACGAUGCCAUGUGCAGCAACGGCCUCUGCUGCAGCGGCUGCAAGUACCAGCUGAGGGGCGCCGUGUGCCGCGACGCCGUCAACGACUGCGACAUCCCGGAGACCUGCACCGGAGACUCCAGCCAGUGCCCUCAUAAUGUUCACAAGCUGGACGGCUACAUGUGCGACAGCAGUCAGGGCCGAUGCUACGGGGGCCGGUGCAGGACUCGUGACGGACAGUGCCGGGGCCUGUGGGGCUACAAUUCAGCGGACAGAUUCUGCUACGAGAAGCUGAACGCCGAGGGCACGGACAAAGGCAACUGCGGCCCGGGGCCCGAGGGCCAGGGCUGGCUGCAGUGCAACAAGCAGGACGUCUUGUGUGGCUUCUUGUUCUGUGCCAACGUCACGGCCAAGCCCAAGUUCGGAGACCUGCAGGGGGAGGUGACCAGCUUCACGCUGUACCACCAGAACAAGUACCUGGACUGCAGAGGGGGCCACGCGCUGCUGGAGGACGGCUCUGAUCUGGGCUACGUGGAGGAAGGCACCCCCUGUGGGCCCAACAUGAUGUGUCUGGACCGGCGCUGCCUCCCCGUGGCAGCGUUCAACCUCAGCACCUGUCCUGGGUCCAACUUUGGGCGGAUCUGCUCCGACCAUGGGACCUGCAGUAACGAGGUGAAGUGCAUCUGUGACCGGGACUACACGGGGAAGGACUGCAGCGUGUUCGAUCCCAUCCCCGAGCCCACGGUCCAGACGGGUCCCGAGAAGAAAGGUCCCAGUGGCACCAAUAUCAUAAUAGGGUCCAUCGCAGGUGCUAUUCUCCUGGCAGCUAUAGUCCUAGGGGGAACAGGAUGGGGAUUUAAGAACAUUCGAAGAGGAAGAUCUGGUGGAGGAUAAGACCUCCUCUCUCUGUCUCUUUGUCUUGUCUUCCUCCUCACACUGUGUCGUUUCCACAUCGGAGAAGAGGGGAACUAAAAAAACAACAAAAAAAAAACAA